CGCACUUUUCAAAAAUCAUGGAGAAUACUUCGUAUUUCAACGCUACGGAGGCUAACACAAAUGCGACCCCGCUUGCCAACAAUGCAAUGUGGAAAAGUGAAAAACAUUAUCGAAAUUGGAUGACGAUUGUCAUUGUGUCAGGUUGUGGAUUUGUUAUCAACGUUUACGUUAUUAUCGCUAUGAUAAUCUAUUUAUCAAAAUUGAAAAAUUUAAAGAAGAGCCUCAAGGAAAAUGGAUCAAAGAGAUACAGAGCGGUUAUGGAGAUAUGUUUGCUCAUAACUGCAUGUCUUACAUUGAUGAACACUCCUGCUACUGAAAAAAUUCUUGUUGAUAUUUAUUUUCCACAAAUUUGUUCAAUUUCGAGAAGAUUUCGCGGCACCGGAGGCAGUUACAAUUUUUUAUUUAUAUACUUGAAUUUGUGGCUUCGACAAAGAUCUAUUUACAACGACCCUGCGAUGAAGCAUCUCACUACGAAGAUUACCAGAACUUUGAGUUUUGUUGUGCUUUUUCUUUUGAUCAUAUCUCCGUUGAGUACGCACAUAAUUUACGUUUCUGCUUACACAUUUGCUGUUGUUGACACUGGUUGCUCAAUCGUUGCUUCUACUGUCAACCCACAAGCGAUGUGGAUCGUCAUCGGAUCAACUUCGCUAUUAAUGCAAUGCUUGUUAUUAUGGCUCUUCGUACUCCCUCUGUAUAAACACAGCGCUAACGCGCCACAAGUGGGGAGUUCCAGUAGCAGCCAAGCAAAAAUCAAAGCUAUCACAAAGAGAGCGUUCAUUACGAGGCUCGUUUGUUCCAUCACCGACACCGUGUCAGUAAUCAUGGCCGCGUCUGCAGUUUUGAAAGACGGGAUAACGCUUCCUUUAGCGAUGUACAUCAGCCUGUUGGUAAACCUUUUCAUGUAUGUUGUGUCGUUUCCCGAUUGGGAAAGGUUGAUGCUGCCGUGUUGUAUAAGUGCGUUUCGGAACAGGAAUCAAUCAGAGAGAGAAGUUAGUCAAGGAAGAAGCACCAAAGUAACAGAAGCCUGAUGAGUCUCAGAUUGAAUUUCGACUAAACGAACGAUUUUAGCCUAGUCGAUCGCAGUGUUUGCGAGAUUAAUUUUUGAUUAUUGCGACUAAACUGAAACCACAAUAUGCCCACUUCGUGCCCAAACACAAAUUAGGUGGAGAAAAACAGUACCUCGAGACAUUCACCAGUUGGGCUAUUUCAUAUAAGAAAAGGGUUUUUAUAUUUAUUCGUUGAGAUAGAAAAUCCGAUGGCAUAUUUUUUGGCUGUGUAAUCAACUUACCCCUACAUAGUUUUUUUUUUCGGUGCUCCCGAAGUAUGCGAACCAAGAUGGCGGACAUCGGAACGUAACAUGGGUAACAGGUUAGGCGAUAAUUUCUUUCCAAUUUUCCUUAUUUUAGUCUUAUUAUCAAUUCGAAGACUAGCUAAGAGCCUCCCGUAGUAUUUAUACCUAAACCCUAACCUAGUAAACAUAUUACAUUCCGAUGUACGCCAUCUUGGUUCGCAUACUUCGGGAGCCCCUUUUUUCAUCUAUUACAAACACGAGUUUCGAUGCUUAAUAACCAGUCUGAUUCACCGCGUCUUCCUUUGACCAGUUAAACUGUCUUUUUCUUUCUUUUAAUUUGUGUGCGAUUGAUUUUUACUGGCUCAAAAAUAUACAUGUCUCUUCAAAUUUCAUCCCACUUGCACAAUUUUGCAAGAAUGCUAUUUAGACAAGCUUUUGUUUUCUUUUUUAAAAUUCCAAUGUGUAUAUUUAUCACGAGUGAAUUGUCAAAUCAAAUAAAAGGUUGCUUAUUGUCUGAAGUCAUAAUAAUAACAAGUUAGUUGCGAAAUUGGAUCAUUAUUUGGUGAUAAAGAGCCCAUGCCAGUUUUGUUUUGAAAACCGUUGCACGACAUAAUAACUCAAAGGCGCAUUUGAUCUUGACUAUUCUUCGUCAUUGGACAAUGAUUUACACUUUUACAAUUUAAAAACCUAUAUAUAGCCAAUGGCGGCUAACCCAGGAUCUCAUAUAUUUAAACGAUGGGGCAUUAGAUAAUACAGGGAGUCCUCGA